UCCGACCUCUGAUACACACACACACAUUCACCCCUAGGCUGAUAACACACGACGAUCUGACGGUGUAAUAAUAGGUGAUGGUGGUGGACGGUUGUUUACAAGCGGCGUAAUAUGGAAACUUCUGAUUCAGAUGAGCCUGAGAAAAAGCGUUCUCAUCUGAACAACUCCGAUAUGGCACGUCACCCUAACCCUUCUCCGGAAAACGGCACUGUUGAUGCAACAGUGCUGCAGUAUCAAAAUCAGAAGCUCGUCCAGCAGUUAGAUGUCCAGAAGCAGGAGUUACAUGAUCUGGAAAAUAAAAUUAAAGAAUUAAGACAGGACCAAACUUCUUAUGAUGACUUUUUGAUUACCAUUAAUCAGCUAUGGAGUCAAUUGGAUGAUGAUUUAAUUAUCCUUGGAGUACGAGCGGGGGCAGGCCAAAGUGCCUUAGAAGCAUUGCAGCGUGCAGAUUCUUCCCGAGGUUCAAUUCCAUCAUGUCCUGCAGAGGAAACAUUCCUUUGCAGACUCCUGCAGUUGGAUUCCAUUGGAAGUAAUGUAAGUGAUGAGCGUCUCAUAUGUAUCAAAGAAGCCCUUGCUUUGCGGCAUUCAUCUACUCUGGAACUAAUGAAAUUAAUAGAAGAUACUAUUCAAGUACUGAUGGCUAAAAUUGAAAGCAUCGGUCAACCUUUGCAUGAAAAUUCAUCUGCAGAAGAUGCAAUUAUUCAAUCAUAUAAGAUUGAUGAUUUGAUGAAAGAGGAGGUUAAACAUUUACAUUUAAUUAUUGAAGCUCUCCAUGUUAAGCACAAAGAAUAUGCUGAGAUGAUUCAGAAUUAUAGUCAUAGCCAUUCUGUGGAUCAGUCCGAGAUCAAACAUAUUGCAGGCGACGUGGAGGAUAGCAUGGCAGAGCUUGAAGAAAGUAGAAGAAAACUUGUAAAUUUAAAGAUGCAGAAGGAUAGACUUUCCGGUGUGCAGCCUCCAGUUCCAUUUGCUGUUAACGGAAGUAUUUCAACUGAAAAUACUGUAGACAAGACUAUGGGAUUACGUGAUUUAAAGGACUCCAUCGAGGAAGCAAAGAUACUGGCAUCUGAUCGUCUUUCUGAGCUUCAAGAGGCACAAGAGGACAAUUCUAUCUUAUCAAAACAGUUGCAAGAUCUUCAGAACGAACUGAAGGAUUCCAAGUAUAUUUACACAUCCCGGCCAUACACCUUACUUAACGAUCAACUUCCAUAUUGGAAAUCUGAAGUAGAACGGUUCAGGGUGCUGAUAGAUUCCUUGCAGGCUGAUAGGUCUUCGAUUAUACGGAAGGAGAAAGAGCUCAGCAUAAAAACAGAGUCGGUAGAUGCUCUGAGGAAUCCUAUUGACAAUGCCGAUUCUACUAUUGAAGACCUAGAGCGCCAGCUUCAGCAAUGCAUCAAUGAGAAUAAUGAGUUGGAAAUUAAAAUGGAAGAAGCUGUCCAAGAUUCAGAGAGGAAAGACAUUAAAGCAGAGUUUCAGGUCAUGGCCUCAGCUUUGUCCAAAGAAAUUGGAAUGAUGAAAUCACAGUUGAAUCGUUGGAAAGAGACAGGGUGUGAAUCCCUUUCCUUACAGGAGGAGGCCAAGUCGCUUAGAGAUUUGGUGCACAAAAAGGUCACCGAACAUAAGAACUUGGCAGAUGAAUGUUCUGAGCAGACUGGGAAGAUCAAGUCUCUGCAGGCCCUUAUUGAGAGGCUGCAGAAGGAAAAGCUAGAAUCACAAAUCUUUUUAGAUAUGCUUGGACAGCAGAUAUAUGACAACAGGGACGUGAUGGGAAUCAGAGAAUCUGAGAGGAGAGCUCAUUCGCAAGCUGAAGUUCUGAAAAAUGCUUUUGAUGAACACGGUUUAGAAUUGAGGAUCAAAGCUGCUAAAGAAACUGAGGUUGCUUGCCAACAAAGAUUGUCUGACGCUGAAGCUGAAAUUGCUGAUUUAAGGGCUAAACUGGAUGAUUCUGACAGGGAUGUUCUGGAACUUGCAGAGGCCAUCAAAAUUAAAGAUGGAGAGGCAGAGUCUUAUAUUUCUGAAAUUGAGACUAUUGGUCAAGCCUAUGAAGAUAUGCAGACACAAAACCAGCACUUGUUGCAGCAGGUGAUGGAGAGGGAUGAUUACAAUAUCAAGCUGGUUUCGGAGAGUGUGAAGAUGAAACAGUCACAUAGUGCUCUAAUUUCCGAAAAGCAAACACUAGAUAAACAGCUUCAACAAGUGACUUCAGCAGUUGAAUCACUAAAAUCACGAAUUUCACGUUCGGAAGAACAGAUGAGUGCUUGCAUUACACAUGCUUUGAAGUCUACCGAAGAAGAUAGACAUCUUGCAGUCAACCUGGAAAACAGCAAGUGGGAACUAUCUAAUGCCGAUAAGGAAUUGAAGUGCCUUAAAUCGUUGCUUUCUUCUUCAGAGAAGGAUUGUGACCAAAUCCGCCGUAAGAUGGAGGAAAUUCAGGAGGAGUUGGAGAGUGAAAGAAUGGACAGAAAGAAGGUGGAUGAGGAGCUUAGUGAAUUAAAUAUGAAGGUAGCAGAGUUGACAAUGGGAAGUGGGGAAGCUGCAAUUCAGAAACUCCAGGAGGAAAUCAAGGAUUGCAAGUCUAUUCUCAAGUGUGGGGUUUGCUUUGAUCGGCCGAAAGAGGUGGUGAUCGUGAAGUGUUAUCAUCUAUUUUGCAAUCCAUGCAUCCAGAGGAAUCUAGAGAUCCGUCAUCGGAAAUGUCCUGGUUGUGGAAUGGCGUUUGGGCAAAACGAUGUUCGAUUUGUCAAGAUAUGAUGAAGACAUUGUGUAGUUAGGUUUUAUUUAGUCCGAUUCUUAAGGAGUUGUAGUUGGUUUCUUGAUAUCCAGCUUACAAGAACGGUUUAACAUCAUUCUCCUUUAGCGAGGAAGAAAGGUUAUGUACAUGUAAUUAUUAGGAACUGCUGGAUGUUGUUUAGUGGCAAAAUCUUGACAAAGUGAAUCUACUGGUGGUUGUGGUGGUUGGAGAAUCUGGUGGUAAAGUUUGUUUCUGUAGUAAUGUAAUAGGAGGGUUGUAGUUGAAUCUA